AUGAAAAUUAUAUAUCUACUAAGUGUCCUCGUGACCAGCGUUUUCUGCACCAAAGGAGACGUUGUCAUUCAUAACCCGAUCAUUUCGGGCUGGAACCCGGAUCCAUCCAUUAUUCGAGUGGGCAAUGAGUAUUUUAUAGCCACCUCAUCAUUCGAAUAUUGGCCAGGAUUACCAAUUUACCGAUCUGUUGAUCUUGUGAACUGGGAGCUAUAUACACACGCUCUAACACGGCCUGGGCAACUACACCUGUACGGUGUUCCCACAUCUGCAGGUGCCUGGGCACCAUCCCUUGGCCGCAUCAAUGGCAAGUUCUACCUCACUUCCAUGGUGCGAUGGACUUACGAUCCUGUGGCCAAAGUGUGGCCGCGGGUUUUCUGGAUAUUUUCGGAUGACCUGCAGAACUGGAGCGACCCGAUCUGGUCCGACCCCUGGGGUAUUGACCCCCAGCUCUAUCAAGAUCCAGUGACGAACAAGGUAUACCUUAAUCUGAUGUCACCUAAUAAUAACAUCGAUAAGAUUUGGGGGAUUUAUCAGUGUGAAGUGGACAUAGACAACGGUCGAUGUAUAGGCGAAUAUCGCUCACUUUGGAACGGGACAAUGCCAGUCAACGCCACAGCUCGACCAGAAGGACCAAAGAUGUUCAAAUUCAGCGACUGGUAUUACUUGCUGAUUGCUGAGGGGGGCACUGACGAACUUCAUCGGGCCACCAUCGCGCGUUCAACUUCCCCAGAGGGCCCAUGGGAAUCAAAUCCAAACAACCCACUGUUAUACAAUGGCGCGUAUGGCCACAAUAACCUCACCGUCCAAUCGACCGGUCACGCAACCCUGUUCGAUACUGAAGAAGGAGACUGGCACGCGGUUUUCCUUGCUCGGCGAAAUGUGAACGGCACUUCUCCUUUGGGCCGAGAGACUUUCCUUUGCCCGGUAGCUUGGAAGGAUGGUUGGCCCAUUUUGAACGAAGGGAAACCGAUCCUCAUCAAUGAUCCCCAGAAACUGGGUUCGUCCAAUAACGCACUAGCGCCUUUCCAGGAUAACUUCGAUAAACCGGCCUUAGACCCAUCUUGGUAUCAGUUGCGCACCCCGUACUGGCAGACAUAUAUUCUGGACCACGAAAACCCAUCCGGUGGUGUGGUAUUCGAUGCGAAUGUCUUUUCCCUUAGCGAUCGCGAUGUUCCUGCCGCUAUCUUGCGAAAGCAAAGGUCGCUCAACAUGACAUUCUCUGCGGACAUACUACCGUUUGAUGGGAUUCUAGAGCCUGACCAAACAGUUGGAAUCAGUUGCUACCUCAGUGAGCUGCAGCAUCAGGACAUUGGACUCACAGGUUGCAAAAAUAGCACAGGCAUGUGCAUAUACACCUCCUUUCUAAAUAACGAGACAACGAAGGUAUUGUUACAAAUGGCUUAUUGGUAG